AUGUCAAACCAAAACACUGGGAUAGUGAUCCAUGGGUGUCGGAUCAUGGCCGACCAAGACCUUAAGGGUAAAAUUGCAUCCAUUACAACUUACUUGGGUCGUCCAUGGCAACAAUAUUCGCGUACCAUUAUCAUGAGAUCGUAUUUGGGUGGGUUGGUGAACGGUGCAGGUUGGAUGCCUUGGAAGACAGCUGGGUUUUUAAGAACCCUGUACUAUGCAGAGUUUGGAAAUUUCGGGCCUGGAGCAAGACUUCGACUUAGGGUCAAGUGGCCUGGUUACCAUAUCCUCACGAGGCCCAAUGCAGUCUCGCAAUUCACCGUAGAACGCUUUAUCGGUGGUCGAAAAUGGCUUCCAGCAACUGGCGUGCCCUUUAGUCCUGGAGUUUAA